AUGGCGGCCGCACCUUAUGGUAGACUACUUCUACUGCUGCUUCUACUGACCUGUUCCCCGGGCUUUGUUGACGCGCGUCGCCUCAACCGUUACGUGCGCCACUUCGAGCCCCUGUCCUACGAGCCACGGCGGGUGCACAGGGAACACGUUCGCGUCAGGAGAUCCCUGAGUGGCAGCAGCUCGCAGCACGGCAUCGUUUACUUCCGCUUCCAAGGAUUCGACAGGUUGUUUCAUCUGAAGCUGAGGCCAGAUGCGUCCGCCUUUCACAAGGACCUCGUGGUCGAGACUUCGAGCCGCGGUCGAGUGAAGCCGGACAUAGGUCACAUCUACAGCGGCGAACUGAUUGGCGAUCCCUCCAGCCGGGUAUACGGUGGCCUGCACGACGGCGUCUUCGAAGGGUCCAUCCAGUCCCGCUGGGGUCGCUUCUACGUCGAAGGGGCGCACAAGUUCUUCGCACGGCGCACGCCCUUCCACUCCGUGAUGUACGCCGCCAAAGACGCCAGAAUGCCCGACGCAGGAUGGAAAAGCAGCGCAGCUCCAGGAGUGAAGCAUUGGACGAAUAGGAAACUUUUAGAAGAACACGAAUCUGAGGAGUUGUACCCCGACACGGAAAACGUUGGCAGCGUGGCCAGCCUUGCGAAGGACAGCGCAGCCGACAUUGCGAGUCUGCGGCCCUGCACAUCGCCAUCGACCAUCUGCUGUACAAGAAGUACCUGGAACUGGACGGCUGACGAUGUGCGCACGCGCGAGCGCAUCUCCACGCUGAUUGCGGGUCACGUGGCUCGCGCUUCUGAGGUAUACCGACGCACGGACUUCCACGGCAUUCACGACAUCAGUUUCGUCGUGCACAAAGUCCAGGUACCGCACCCUCUGUAUGCGUCUAUGUACCACCUUGAAGGGGCCCGGCCAGACUUUUCCAAUUAA